UUUGUGUUCUGUGUGAGUGUUAGGGAUUUAGUUUGAGAAACGAUUUGUAAUUUUGUUUGUGUUGCACUGUGUCGCUGAUUCACCUGGGUCUUUUCUUGUGUCCCCGCUUAGUCUUGGAACCGGUAAAGUCUGCGUCAUUGAAGGCCGUGUCCUCGCUAACAUCUCAACUGAAUUGAUGAACGAUUCUUUUCAAGAACGCUACUGUCAUGUCCACCCUUACGAAACCGUGUGCUUUGUGUCAAGCAAUUGACCAUUUAGACGCAAAAACCAAGGCUGGUCCGUCGGAACUGAAGGAAUUGCAGGCAAUCGCCGCGGAUCCAGCGUGUCCUGUGUGUCGGACGCAAGAGAAUCUGUCUGAUGAGCACGAAAAAACCAUUCUCGAGACAAUUGCCAAACAAGGAGCAGCGAUAGACGCGUGGAUCGACGCGAAUUUUGCUGCCGAUACUGAUUUUUCACCAGACACAGCGCCGGUAGCAAUUCUGGCUCGUACUCGUAAGGGCGUCGAGAUUGUGUUUCAGCUACUUGAGAAGCAGGACACCGGUGAGGAAGCUGCAGAAUGUCUGUUGACGCGUCUAUUCGAAAACCUUUCUCCAACCGCACUGGCUAUUUUGCUGCAUCAACCUCAUACUCGUGCUGCCUUUUCAGCUCGUGUCGAGCCAUUGCUUUCACACAAACGUGUUUUGCAGUCGUUUCUUCGGUGCCCGUUGUACGACUCUUUGGCUGCUGUUCUGUUCGCGAACCGGUCAGACAUUGCCGAAGAAGCCCUCAAUGGUUGUAAACAACUUGCUCGGGAUGGAGAUCCCUGCCGCUCACUCGUAUUGUCCCGACUGUCUUCACUUUUACUAGUGGCCUUGAGCAGUAGCAAGUCAGAUAUCGUUGACAAAGACUUUCUGUCCUACUGGACCCGGAUUUCAGAAGAGGGCCAUUUGGAGCUCGCCUGGAUCGAUUGUUUAUGCACCAUAUGCGACUUUUCCAAAUGCAGAACAUUAGUGCAGGAGUGCUGCCAGGACUUUCUGCAAGCGAACGCCUCUAAAAGAGAAUGCAUCCCUGUGUUGACGAAAAUCGCACUGGGAACAAACCAUAAGGACGAACUCCUACCCAUGGUGCAGCAGCUGUUGCACGAGCCCGUUUGUGAUGAUUCGUUGCUGCAAACGUUAUUGGUCGCGUCUUGUUACGGGCCAGUGAAAGAGUGUAUUGCUCACUCUGCCACACCCUUGUUCACUCAAUGGACUCAAAUACUGAAGCAGAGCAAAGAGGACUUUCUGAAAGGCGCGUUUGACGAGUCAUACACAAUUGCAUCAACGCUCCUCCAUCUGUGCCAAUUCGCCAAGCCCGUGGAAACGGAAGACGACGUCCAACGCAAUCGUCUGAAACAGACUAUACAAUCAGCUGCCGCGAAAAAGAACGCUUCCCUCGACGAAGCUGGAUUGCCAAGCGAUUGUGUUGAGGACGACGAUUCGCAUGUACAGGCGCGUGUCGAACUCGUUAUCAAGUCUGGCUUGAUUGGAUUGCUAUUGAAGCACGCAACCGACACGCGUCCUGGACUGUGCCAAGUGAUGGCCGAGUUGUUACUGCACGUUGCCAAUGUGAAAACAACAAGAGGUCGUUUGGUCCAGCAGGGAGCAGUUGGAUUUCUCACUCGCUCAACUGUGCUUCAGAAAAGCUCGGUUGCUGCUCACGCUGUCUCUCGUAUCCUCAUAAGCGUCUCCCCUCAUAUUGUAUUCACCGGCUCGCUCUCUCCAACGGGUGCAAUAAAACUCAUGUCUGUCCUACUUGCCGACGGCGAGAGUUCACUGCUUGCUUUGUUUGAAACACUGCUCGCGCUUACGAAUUUGGCUUCUUUUGAUGAAAGCAGUAGAGCCGCCAUCGUAAGAGAUUGCUGGGAUAGUUUGGACAACCUUUUACUUUCCAGCAACACACUCGUACAACGUGCUAGCACGGAAUUGUUAAAUAACCUCUCAUUAUCGACUACAUGUUUGGAAAAGAUUUUUGGUCAAAAGGAACAGGAUACAGAAAACUCACGGUUACGCAUUAUAGUUGCCUUGGGAGACGCAGAGGAUGCGGCUACACGUCAAGCUGCGUUUGGAGCGAUUGUUCAAUUUACAGGCUAUCUCGAAUGCUGCAAAGCAAUUGCCCAACGCGUUGGUUUUGAAUUUUUGGUGCGCGGCUUGCGAGACGAUGAUCAGGGCGUGAGACACAGAGUGCUCGUGUGUGUUUGCAAUCUUCUGUACCAGCCAGACAUGACUAUUGUCGGUCAAGCGCUGCGAACACCAGGUCUCGUCCAGCAAAUCAUGUCGUGCAAAUGCGAUGCACCUGCUCUGCAACAAGCUCAAAAAGACGCACUUUCCAUUCUCCAGCAGAUCUCACAAGCCAACACAAAACGAUAGACAAAUUGAGAUGGGAGAUGUCAGUGGUUAAUUAUUUACGACCGUGAUGAAUGAAGACGAAUGCUGUUUAUGCUUUGUACUUAUUAGGA